AUGAACGAAGACGUCCUGAAUAACGAAGUUUAUGGCAACGGUAAUGGGGAAGCUUUUGUUUUUUAUUCCCCAAACGAUAAACUUCGUCUGCAUGGGCGACAUUGGCCACUUACAAAUGGUGAUUGUCGUGCUGUUGUACUGAUUGUUCAUGGAUCAGGCGAACAUUGUCAACGUUACAAACACGUAGCUUACUUUUGUAAUGUUCAACAAAUUGCCUUUGUUGGUUUUGACUUGCGAGGUCAUGGUCUGUCAGAUGGUGAGCGUGGCUAUACGCCUAGUCUUGAUGCUCUUUUUGACGACAUCGAAUGUAUCAUUGAUCGCAUUCAUACUGAGCUUUAUCCUGGUGUACCUCUGGUGAUCUAUGCACAUGGGACUGGAUCGCUUCUUUGUCUUUCUCAUAUCGUUCUACGACCUUUCAAACCAUUUACCUGUCAGGCCAUGAUCAUUAGUACACCUUCAAUUUGUCUCAACAGACGUCCCACAGCAUUAUUGCUUUUUUUCUCACGUGCUUUUGCCAAUUUGGAUCCUCAUUUUCGUUUACCUGUUCACGGCAACACUACGAAUGUAUAUUGUAAUGAUAAUGACGUUGUUCAAGCCUAUCGAAAUGAUCCACUAGUUCAUGAUCGAUGGCCAGCAACGACUGUUUCUAUAUUCAUGGAAUUAGGUGUUCUCCUGGAACAGAAUACAGUUUACGUAUCAUGGCCAUUAUUGAUUCAACAUGGCAAUGCAGAUAUUAUAACGCCGAUUGAGGGUAUUCAAAAAUGGGUGCAGCAGAGAGUGCGAGGUGAUGUUACGUUUAAAGUAUGGCCAGGCCAUUUUCAUGAACUGCACAAUGAUUUAGGAAAAGAAGAAAUAUUGUCUUAUACAAUAGCCUGGAUCGAAGAGAAGUUGAACAUUUGA